AUGUCACAAGUCGAUAGAGAGUUAGAUUAAUUAUUUGAAUUGUUUAAAGACAAAAAGACAAAGCUAUUUUCAGUUGACUAAUUUAUUGCUUCAUUGCAAUCAGCAGACUUGACUCAAAGCACAAAGAUUUUAUAGGAAAGAAUAGCUUAAUUAAAAAAAUAGCAAUUAACAAAGCAAGAAGUACAGCAAUUGUUUUAAAACGAUAUAAAAAAUAGAGAUGUGAGUCUUGCAAUAUUCAAAUCCAUUUAGAAAAAAGACUAAAGCCAUAUUACUGUUGACGAUCUCAUUCUUCUUAAUAAGAGUCAUAAUUUAGGCUACAGCAAUGAUCAAUUGAAUUUCAUUAUGAAAUAUUUAGGAAGAUAGAAUCAAAUAACAAGUGAUUAAUUUGUUCAAUUGCUUCAAUAAUAGCAGAAUUGAAUAUUAUGUUGAAAUAAUAUACAAUAUAUCAAUAUUUUUA